UUUGAAGGAAGGUUGUUUACUUUGCAUUGAAAACCGCAACAACAUCACACAGUCAACACAUACGAUUCAAUAUGCAGGUCGGGGAAGUGAGAGUUGCAGAAGAUGCUGAUUUUAAAAGACUUAAGACUUUGUGUGACGAAAAAGAUGGCUGGAAACAAGAAUACAACAAAAAUAACACGUGUGUAUGGACUAAAAAUAAUGACGUAUCGGACUUCAAGAUUAUAAAGGUACGAACGUUAUUCACAGACGUAAAAGCAGAGGUCCUGUACGAUGUAUUACACGACCCACACUACAGGAAGACAUGGGAUAUGUCCAUGCUGGAAGGUUACGAAAUUUGUGCACUCAACCCAAACAAUGAUAUAGGAUACUAUGCAAUGAAAUGUCCUUCUCCUCUGAAAAACAGAGAUUUUGUAACUCAGCGCUCCUGGCUUGACCUAGGGUCAGAGUUUUGUAUCCUCAAUCAUUCUGUAAACCAUGCAAGUGUUCCUGCCAGGAAGGGAUUUAUCAGGGGUGUGUCCUACAUAACUGGCUUUCUGAUACGCAAGAUGGACACCUACACCUGCCAGUUUAAUUACGUGUCACAUUCUGACCCAAAAGGAAAGUUGCCUGUGUGGGCAGUGAAUAAGGCUACCCAGAUCAUGGCUCCAAAGGUGAUGAGUAGGAUCUACAAAGCAUGUAAAAACUACGAAGCUUGGAAAAGCAUGAACAAUCCACGAAUGAAACCCUGGCUAUAUCCUGAGCAAAUGACCUUGCCAAGACUUGACAUGACUCAGAUUAAACCUGCUUCAGAGUUCACCUCCACAGAGUCCAUAGAUGAAAGUUUUAUUAAAGAAGAUGAGAUAAACGAGGAUGAUGUAUGAGGAUUGUGGAAUGAUAGAUGAGCCUAUUUAUUGUACAUAGCUGGAUCUGUAAAUUAAUUGAGGUUGUCAUAGGAACAUAAGGUUGUCAUGGUAACACAUUGUCGUCAUGGUAACAUAUGUCAUGGUAACACAUUGUCGUCAUGGUAACUCAUGUUAUCAUGGUAGCACAUUGUCGUCAUGGUAACUCAUGUUAUCAUGGUAGCAUGUUGUUGUCAUGGUAAAACCAGGUUGUCAUGGUUACUGAUUAUUGUCAUAGUAUCACAAAGUUCUCAUGGUAGCUCAUUGUUGUCAUGGUAACAGAAGGUUGUCAGGGUUACACAUCAUCUCAUUUUGAGUGGUAGAAAGUGUGUCAUCAUUUAGUAUCAGUUAUUAUUAGUGUAGAAAUGUUACAAGUCUGUUAAUUUUAUCAUCUUGUUUUAAAUGUAAACCUGAGAUAAACAUUUUAGUGUUUGAAUUUGUAAAAAUUAUUACACAAUAAGUCAUUGUUUGCUUUAAAUCAAUUUGAAGAUAUCUUCAUGGAAAAUCAAAUCUAAUAUGCAUAUCUGUAUGUGGAAGUCAGUCUUCAGUGAUGCGUCUACGUUGUAGGUUUCUCCCAGUUUUACAUAAUUAUGUAAAGCAAAAUAAUAGAACAGAUAUAUAUUUAUCAUACAUUUUAUUAGGGGGCAUCAAGUUCAGGGAAUGAAUUAAUUCGUCUUAAUCUUAAAUAAGACAUCUUAAUAGGAAGAGAUUAAUUGUCAUUUCAGUCAAUGGAAAAGUAUUUAUAGCCAAAACAAAUUAACUGAAAUCACCUCAUAGAUACUAAUGAUCAUUGAUUAAGCUCAAUAUGAAGCAUCUUGAUUCAGAUUUCUUCUUUUUCGAAAUUUGUUCUUCCAUAUUUUGUACAAUAUUAUGUAUUUGAUAUGUAUUUUCUUGUAUUCACGUAGUAUCCAAUGGACCUACAUUGUAUAUGUUCGAUAAAUAUACAUUGUACAUACAUUGU